GACAAGUCAUGCCAAGGCCAAGGCGGAUGGAGCAGAGCAGGCCGCAGUGGCGGCCAACAGCGAAUCCAGCAUUGCACGGACCCUGGCCAGGGAGCUGUCUCCGGACUUCUACCAGCCAGGCCCUGAGUACCAGAAACGGAGGUUGCUCCAGGAGAUCAUAGAGAAUGCUGAAAGUGUUAUGGAGAAUGUAGGCCGUGGAGAGGCCCCAGGCAUCCAGGAGCCCCCUCCAGAGAGCCCCCAGCUACAUGAACGGGAGGCCUCCCUCCAAGGGGGUGGCACUCCAGCCCGUACGCCAUCACCCCACCUUGCAGGGACACCCCCUGAGGCUAAGCAGCCUAGGCCUGGAACACAGAAGGAUGGCUUCCUGAGUCCGGGAGAAUGGAACGGGGAGCAGAGCCGAGAAGGCAGCCGUCCAGUAACCCCAUCUGAUGUGGGUCCUGGUGAGAGAAGCAGCAGGAGCCCCACAAGAACCCCUACUGACCACAUGGAGAUCCAGCCCCUGCAGCCACCACCCCCACAGCCCACUAGGGAGCCAGAAGUAGCACUCUACCAGGGGUACCACAGCUAUGCUGUCCGCACGUCGCCCCCUGUCCCACCACCUUUUGAUGAGGAAGAGGCAGAUGGUGCUUCCCCCACUACACCUGUGACCCCCUCAGCCUCUCCAGUGUUGAAGCCAGACAUCCAGCCUAAUGUGGAGGCCCUCCCAAGGGCCACUACACCCCCCAAGCCGGAGCUGAAAGCCAGGGCCCCCAAAACAGAGCCAAAGCAUCCACCCUCUCCCAUCAAGGCAGACACCGCAAGCCACACUAAGCCCACCAGAAAAACAGAGGCCCGAGGUUCAUCCAAGGGUGGGGCCAAAAAGAAGGGACGUCGAGAAGUAGCGGCUGCAGCCUUGGAAGCCGAGACAGAGCUGGAGGAGGCUCCCAACACUGUCCUUAUCUGCAUGGUGAUUCUGCUGAACAUCGGCUUGGCCAUCCUUUUUGUGCAUUUUCUGACCUGAUGUGGCCUUGGCUCAGGAGUUCCCACCCAUGCAAACGUUGGAUCUCUUUGCAACGACUGGAUGCCACCGCAGCUGUGGGGAGAUGCUGAGGGCGAGAUACUGGACCCAGGAACUGGCCGCAGGCUUUCCAGCUCUGGCAGCCCUAUCCCUGAAAGAAAACUGCCCUGUGUUCUGUUUAGCUUCCCUGAUCCCAAUCUGGCUUGGUCCCUCCCGGUCUGGGGUGAGGAAGGGCCCUCCCUCUCUAAGCCCUCUAUGAACCUGAGGGUGGCAUCACCUACAUGAGUGUUUGUGGCUGCACCUGCAUGUAUACCCAGAGAAGGGGACCAGCAAAC